AUCAUGUUUUAAAGUUUGUUGCCAACAACAACUUGUACGGACUGCAACACAUUUUCAAAUAUUAUCAAGGAUCAACAUCACUUACCAAAGAAUAUUCACGUACUAGUGUCGACAUGGGGGAAGAAGACCGUUAUUGUUUCAUUGCUGAAUGGUAUGACCCACAUGCAGCCUUCAUACGCAGAUAUCAGUUUAUGUAUUAUGUUAAAGACCAAACAGCAGAAAUGUUUGACAUUAAAAAUCACAGAGUAUUUCUGAAGAAGACAAAAGUAAGUGACUGUUUACGACUAGAAGAUUUAUAUAUUGGUAGCACAGUAAACAUCUUGUCCAGACAGCUGAAAUUUGUAGAUUAUGGAGAUGAUUAUACUCGAACCAGAUUUUCUCAUAAGAAAGAAAGAACAUUGGGUAUGAUAAAACCAGAUUCAACUGCCAAAAUGGGUCAAAUAUUAGAUGUGAUAUAUCAAAAAGGAUUUAUGAUUACACAGUUAAAGAUGUGUCAGCUGAAUAGAAAUGAAGCUUUCCAAUUUUACCAAGAGCAUCAGGGAAAACCAUUUUUAGACAAUUUAUUAAAUUUUGUAACACGAGGACCAGUGAUAGCAUUUGAAAUGAUGGGACCUGGAGUUAUCUCUGCUUGGAGAGAGUUACUUGGUCCAACAGAUUCAGCUGAAGCAAGAAAAGUGGCACCCCAGUCAAUACGGGCAAGGUUUGGAAAAGACAACACAGAAAAUGCGUGCCAUGGUUCAGACAGUACUACAUCAGCUGCUAGAGAGGUAGAGUUUUUCUUCCCCAGCACUGGACCUGGACGACAGAACACUGCCAAAUAUAGUGAAUGUACAUGUUGUGUCAUCAAACCACAUGCAGUUAAAGCAGGUCUUUCUGGACAAAUUAUUAGUGCUAUCAUGGAAGCAGGUUUUGAAAUCUCAGUGUUAGAAAUAUUCCACAUGGAGAAGGCAAAUGCUGAAGAAUUUUAUGAGGUGUAUAAAGGAGUAGUACAGGAAUAUGGUUCUAUGGUAGCAGAAUUAACGUCAGGUCCAUGCAUUGCUAUGGAGAUCAGGGCACAGGAAGCACCAACAAAAUUCAGAGAAAUGGUUGGACCAGCAGAUCCAGAAAUAGCACGCCAUCUAAGACCUAGAACCCUACGAGCUUUGUUUGGUGUAGACAAAGUACAAAAUGCUGUCCACUGCACAGACUUACCUGAGGAUGGAUUAUUGGAGGUUGAAUAUUUCUUUAAAAUUUUGGAUCGCUGAAACACCUAGAGACAUUUUGUUGAAUCAGAUCAUUAAACUCUAUAGACAGCUGUGAUAUCAUGUAUAAUAGAAGGGAAUGAACCACUUCAGCAUUUUAUUUAAGACUUAAUGCAUUGACAGCAAUCUUUUCAAAAUGUCCAAUUGUAAAUAUCUAAUAUUUCUAUCAAUUUUUACCAUAAAAUGAAUUAUAUAUAUUA